GGGACGAGUCCUCCCCGCCGCUAGGCGACGCCAGUGUAGUGGCUCGUGCCCCCUCGCGCUGACCGGAAGUUGCCUCAGGCGCGUAGGCGCGCGGGUCACGUGACGCGGGGCAGCGGGGCCGGGGAGGCGGCGGGGCCAUGGAAGCCGCGGCGAAGGGCAGCUACGUGCUCGCCAACCUCGCCGAGGUGGUGGAGCGUGUCCUCGGCUUCCUGCCCACCAAGGCGCUGCUGCGGGCCGCUUGCGUGUGCCGGCUAUGGAGGGAGUGCGCCCGGCGGACGCUGCGGACGCGGCAGCGAAUCGCGUGGGUGUCGGCGCUGGAGCCGGGCCCCGCCGAGAACCACGCGCUGGUGCGCGCGCUGGCCCGCGAGCUCGAGAAGGUGCACGUGCUGCCCCAGACCGUGCUCUACAUCGCUGAUGCAGAGACCUUCAGCGGGCACGAGGAGUGUCACGAGCAAAAGAAAGCCAGAAAAAGAAACAGUAAAGAAACGGCUCUCGCACUUGAAAAGUUGUUGCCAAAGCGAUGUCAGGUUCUUGGACUGGUUACGCCAGGGAUUGUAGUUACCCCGAUGGGUUCAAGCAGCAAUCAGCCUCAAGAAAUUGAAGAGGGCGAAGCUGGGUUUGCUUUGUUGUUUCCCAAAAUUGAUGGGGUGAAAAUUCAUACCUUCCAUUUUUCUAAAGAUGUGAAGAACAGGGUCUUUGAUGAAGGCAAAUUUGCUGAAGCAGGUCUGAAGAAUAACCCAGAUCUCCGUGUUGUUCUUCUGUUUGGCUACAACUCCUGGAAGACUGGAGCAACUCGAUUUCUUCAUCAAAUAGUCAAUCCAUUGAAUGAGAAAAGUAUCAUCCUGGCUGGAGGACAAGUGGAGAGCUUUACAUCACUGACCUCUGAGAAUAACCACGCCCAGCCUGGUGACGCCUGCGGUGUGGUUGGGUUGGCUUUCAGCGGUCCCCAGAUCCAGAGUGCCACUGUCCUGCUAGACCAGGAUGUGGCUGAUGAGAGGACAGCAGAAGCGGCCAUGCAGCGUCUCAAAGCAGCGAACAUCCCCGAGCACAACACCAUUGGCUUCAUGUUCGCCUGUGUUGGCAGAGGAUAUCGGCAUUACAAAACCAAAAGGAAUAUGGAAGCAGAUGCAUUUAGGAAGUUUUUUCCAAAUGUACCCCUCUUUGGCUUUUUUGGACAUGGGGAAAUAGGAUGUGAUCGAAUAGUUACUGGGAAUUUCGUGUUAAGAGAAUGUAAUGACAUAAAGGAUGACCUGCUUCAUGGUUAUACUACAGUUAUGACUCUUAUUCACCUUGGUUCAACUAAAGCAAACCAAGCAUAAGUAAGGUUUAAUGCUUCAGUGAGCUGUUUGUUUCAUUCCAGAGAGCUGAGAAGUCUGGAAGAGUGGACAUCGUGCAGUCAAAGCCCCUUCCAAAACAUAAACAUCACUUUGGUAAUGUUAUUGAGUCUUGUAGUUGCAAUAGAAUUUACUGUAAUAUCUGUGAGAAGACCUUGCAUUUUUUGUAGUCCCUUGUACAUAUCAGAAUUGCAGGAAAUUAUAUUUGAUGGAAUUCUGUAUUUUAAGAAAGCCUCUUUCUUCCAAAAUGAAAAUGGUUUCUGCAGAUAGUAGAAUAUGCUGAAUUGGAAGGGACCCAUCAGGAUCGUUGAGUCAAACUCCUGGCCCUGAACAGGACACCCCAAGAAUCCCACCAAGUGCCUGAGAGUGUUGUCCAAACUCUUCUUGAUCUCAGGCAGGGCUUGGUGCUCUGACCACUUUCCUGGGGAGCCUCUUCCGGUGUCCAGUCACUCUGGGUGAUAAACUUUUUCCUGAUAUCCAACCUAAACCUCUCUGGCUCAGCUUCGUGCCACUUCCUUGAGUUCUGGCACUGGUGAGAGUGAAGAGAUAUUGAAGACCACAAUGAGGUCUCCCCUCAGUCUCCUCUUCUCCUGGCUGAGCAAACCAAGUGUCGUCAGCUACUCCUCAUAAUGCUUCUCCUCCAGAUCCUUCCCUUCCUCAUGGCAUUCUUCUGGACCCACUCUAAACUUGAUGUCUUUUUUAUACAGAGGUGCCCAAAACUGCCCACAGUACUGGAGACUGCCCCAGAGCAGGACAAUCCCCUCCCUGGCCUGGCUGGCGGUGCUGGGCUUGAUGCCCCAGAACAUGAUUGGCCCUCCUGGGUGCCAGGACACAGCUGGCUCAUAGCCAGCUUACCAUCAACCUCAGCUCCCUUCCCACAGCUGCUCUCCGCCCUCCUGCUCCCCAGUCCGUACACACAGCCAGGGCUGCCCCGUCCCAGGUGCAGAAUCCAGCACUUGCAUUGUUACAUUUCAUGUGGUUGGUGAUUGCCCAGCUCUCUUUGUCAAUGUCUCUGCAGGGCCUCUGUCCUUGAGAGCGUUGACAACUCCUUCCAACUUAGUGUCAAUGGCAAACACAAACCCAAAUGUAGAAAGAAACAGUACUUUGAUGUGCUCUAUUUAUGCAUAUAAAGCACUCUAGAGAAAGCACUGAUGCAUUAAAUCUACCAUUUCCUGGAUUUUAUUUCUAGAGAGAAGCAGAACUUUCCCAGAGUUCUACUUGCAAAACUGAAGUUUUACUAGAUAAAAUCAAUUAAAAUCUUUAGAGAAAAGUAACAAAGUACUUGUUAAAUAAAGAUAGAAGUAUGUAAAAGUACCUUGCCUUCUAUUCUUAGAGAAAGCUCUGAUUUAAAGAUGUUGUCCAGCUAAGAGUUCAGGUGGGCUCACCACCUUGAACUCAAUUUCAGUUACUCAACUGUGAGGUCAGAAUAUAGCGGUUGCCUCUUCUCCUGUAGUGUGAUUACAAUCUUUUAAAUCCGGAGUACUUAGAAGUAAGUCUAUCUAUCUUUAAGUUUCUAUAGGAAGUUUUUUGUUCUAAAAUUUGGAAUGGUGGGACACACAAGAUCUGGCUAUAUUAUAUUUAUAUAGAGACUUUAAGUAAGACUUGUGCUUCUGCAUGUUUUUCCCAUGCUUUUACAUCAGUCACCUGUUUUGAUUGCUGCAGCUGGCAUGCAGUAUCAAGUAAGUAAAUUCAGCAUAGUCUCAGUGUAGUUAAUAUACAUUUGCUGUUUUUUAAAUUAUUUCCUCCCUUUUAUUUUCAUGUAGUAAUAGAAUGACAAGAAAAUAAGAUGGAUUUUGCACCAUAUCACCAGGUUUCUAAAUGCUAAAUUAGGCAGCUGGCCCAUUUUCAGUGUAGUAAGAAAAGACUUACCUGUAUGUUGUAACAAAGUAACAAGUUUUGCUUUAAAUGUAUCAAGGAAGACUUCAGUUAGCAACUUUAUGUCCAUGUCUAGUUAAAACUUUUCCUGGACUCGGCCUAGCGAGCUUUAGUAGGGGUGUAUGUGAGCACUAACUGUUGUCAGUUGAGCACAGACAGACAGCACUUCCCCAUGGCUGUAUUGAUGAUGGGGUUUUUUUUUUUAAUUAGAAGAUAGUAUGAGCUGUGAACUCCCAGUGGCAAUUUGUGGAUGGAAGAUUAGUAAGUGUGAGUGUGACUUGGACAACAUUUAGUUAUUUCAUUUAGAGGGAAAGGUAUCUGGAAGUGGAGUACAGUUGAAUUUUCAGAGAAGCCCGUUGGUGGGAGGUGAUGUGUGUUAUUUUAGCAUAACCAGAAUGUCACAUUUGGCCCUUUGCAUCUGCAUAAACUUCAUGUUUAACAGGACAGAAAGGAAAUGUUUCAUUUCUGUAAUGCAGAUAGGAUUCCUGGUGCUGUCAGCCGUGCUGAGCAGCCUAGGAAGGUUAACUGGUUGCUGUGUUGGAGCAGUUGAAGAGUGAUCAACCAUGUGUCCUCAAUAAAGACUUGGCCAGAAGGUCAGAGAAGUUGAUGGUGAGCUCAGAUGAUGGCACAGCUAAACCAGAACCACCAGGGUGGUCUGCAGGGGACAGUCAGCAGGUCCUGUAGCUGAGGAACCUUCAGAGGUAAACACAGUACAGAAAAGGGGGUGGAGGGUGGGGGGGUCUGCAUCAGAAUCCAGGAAUCCUUCUCUCCAGCAUCAAGAAGUGUGGAGAUGAAUACCCUAGAACCAUGCACAUAGCUGGAACUACUAGAAUGUCUGUCCCAGACCACAUCCAUGUGACACCAUGGGAAAUGGUAUAAGUGAUAAAAUUGCAACAUCUGUCAUUAAAGUGUUUUGCUAUCCAAAUUCA